CAAGUGGGGCUUGAGAAAUUUCUAAAAAAGCAACGUCAUGUUUGAGUCUCAAAGUGACUGCAACUCAAAGCAAAACAUGCAACUCUAAAAGACUUUUUUGAGAAAACUGCCAACAUUCCCUAUCAACGGUUCACUUUCUAUAAAGGCCAUUUAGUUAUCUCUAGAAUAAUAUAAAAAUAAGCGGUCUGCCUCAUUUUGCUCCCGCGAAACGAGCAAACACGGGACGAAACACCUAAAAUGUUUGGCAUAAUCUUGCGCUUCAUUUUUGGUUUUACAGAUAAUAAUAUAUGGUUAAUCUAAAACUGUAAAAACUGAUCCAAAAAUUGCAUAUGUCAAAAGUUUGCUCUAUUAUCUGUGAAUCAGAUUGUACCAUUUCGGUAUUAGACGGAUGGUUAAUUAUUUAAUUAUGUCCUGUUAUGCCCUCGUCUUUGUACGUUCUUCAACGAUUUAUUUAUAAUUCCCUCGUCACCAUCUUCAUGACUCAGGAGUAUUGAAGUUGAACCUUACCAUCUUUGUCUUCCCGAUGGCGAUUACUAUUAGUUAUGAGAAUACUUGUAUGUUAAUUACUUACUUUUUUAAAGUCACCUAUUAUAGGAACACAAGCUGAUCAUGAAGUGAUCUUCAAACAUGUCAUCCCAGUUUGAACGGUAAUUUGGAAUUUCUUGUUUGCAAUACAUUUCAAGUUGUAAAAUUGAAUAAAUGUAAGAAACUAUAGGCAAGGUCUAAAACUCAGUGAUGCACAAACCACGAAUGAAUCCUUGAUGGUUUUCUUAACGAUUUUAUUGGUUUAAAGAACAUUGUAGUUAGUGUUUGAAUCAGCUACUCGUAUAAAAGUCGCUAAAAUGAACAAUGAAGUAGAAAUUCGACACCUUCUAUUGAUAGCAGCUUUAGAUUCGGUUAGUUAUGGCUUGAUAUAUGGAUUUAUUUCUACCUACGUACUACAGUUGGGUGGGUCUCAUAUAACCGUUGGUAUCUUGGCUGUAGGCAAUCUUAUUGGAGAACUGCUAUCUCCAGACGUCAUGAGCUUAUUGACCCAUCUGCAUGGCAAAAGAUUUACCCUGUUUUUCAUACUCAAUAUAGCUUUUGUAACAAAUCUCAUGAUUGUAUCAACAGAAAGCUUUUGGUUUACAAUUUUGGUGAGAAUAUUAUUCAGCAUGACAAACCGGUCCGAAAGCCUAUGCCUGGACCUUCUGCUCAAUAAAGUUGAAAAUGAUGAUUCAAGGCAGGUGCUACACAACUAUCAUAGCUUUUUAAGUAGUUCAGGAUAUAUAAUAGGGCCAAUAAUUAGUGGAUACUUGUUUGACAGUGGUUUUUUAUAUAUAGGGAUACUAGCAGCAUUAUGUGAUUUUGUAAAUAUAAGAUUACUUAUGAGCGUAAAGAGAAAUGAGAAUGAUAAAAAUAAUGAUCACGUAGAUCAAUCUGUCAUUCAAAAUGCUAUUAACAUCGUUACCGAUAGUCUCCAAAACUUAAAAACGUGCACGCUAAGUAAAAACUGGGAUUUACUUUUGUUAAAAUAUCUCUUUGCUAGUAGUAUCAUAACAUUUUUGUCCAAAUUUACACAAAUUUUAAAACAUAAUUUUAAUUCAAGCAACGUAACCAUUGGAUACACUUUGGCUUAUAUUAACAUUAUGGUGUUUUCUGCUACUUAUCUGGUCCCUGUGGCCAUAAAAAAUAUUAAUAAGUUUUCCUUAGUUUCGAUAAACGAAUUAUCUUUCAUAUCAAUUGGCUUCUUAAUUGUAGCAGCCUGCUAUGCCCCUUAUUAUAAACUCUUUAUGUUUUUGCUAAUACCAAUUAUUAUUUUGAGAACUUUACUACUUAACAUAUUUAAAGAAUUGUUCUCCCAACGCAAAAAUCAGUCGCUUGCUAAACUUAAUAAUGCUGCUAGUGGGCUUGCCGGAUUAACAGCUCCGUUAUUUUUCGGUAUUAUUUGUAAUCAUGCCGAGCACAAUACUGUUAUAUUAUUUUCUUGUAUUCCUAUGUUUAUGUGCUUUGCUAUCUUAAGGUAUUAUACAAGAUUUAUUACUACUACCGAAGUCAAUUCCAAUUAAAAAUAGUUGUAAAUAUAUGUGUAUACCUAAA